AUGAGUUCUUUGGAAGAACAAACUGGAGUAACAAAGGUUCCAAAAUAUAUUGAUGGUUUGAGUUUCAAUGAUGCUGGACAAUUAGCUAUUGUUGCUUCAAAUCUGACAGGUAGAUGUUGGAAUGGUUUAUUGGCUGUAUUCAAUGAUGCAAAAUUCGCACCAAAUAUACCUCAUGUUGACUAUGCAAGUCAGAACGAGGCUGGUUGUACGGAUAUUGAGUGGAUUGAUGAAAAGAGAAUAAUUAUUAGUACUGAUGCAGGGACCAUAGAAGUUUGGCAACUUGAGGAUGCCCCCAUACUUUCAAAUGAAAUUUUAUUGUCUGAACACAAUGAUAUUUGCUCAGCACUUAGCAUCAGUAAACAAUCAAAACAAGUUGCUAGUGCAAGUUGGGACAGCAGUAUAAAGUUGUGGGACCUGGAAGUUGACAUGUCUAUACACAGCGUGCAUUUGCACACUGAUAAAGUUCUUGAUAUUUUAUGGAAUUAUGCUACUCCUGAUGUGUUUGCGUCUGCAUCUGAAGACGGUACUGUUAAAUUAUAUGAUAAUAGAGGUACCGGAAAACCUGCAAGUUUGCUCGAUUAUCAAGCAAUAACACAUCCAAUGUCGUUGGACUGGGUAACUGAGGAAAAGAUUUGUAUUGGUUACAGCAAUGGAGAUGUUUCUAUGUUAGACACGAGAAACACUAGUCAGGAAAUCUCAAAGGUUAAAAUCCACAAAAAACCUAUACAUAGAAUACUAAUUAUUGAGGAUCAACAUCUUGCAUCAGUAUCAGAUGAUAUGACAGUAAAAGUCCAUAAAAUUGCUAAUUGGGAGAAUACAUAUUAUGAUUCUCGGCACACAGAUUAUGUCAGAGGUUUAACGUACCAAAAACAAGACAGGUCUCUUUGGACUUCUGCUUGGGACGGUUCUGUGCACUGUCACAAUAUUAAAAUAAAUGAAAAAAUGGAAUAG